AUAUGCAAUGCAGCCAUCUCUGCAGCUACCAUUCUGAGUGUACAUGCUGGAGUGUGCACUCACCAGCUUCAGGUGUGGUAUCAGGUGAAGGAGCUGACGGGAGGUCUGUACAAAGAGACUGGGCGGGAAUUGUCAUGGAGACUAAGCAAGGAGCAUCCCCAGUGUGGAACCAGGCCCCAAACAAUGAGCCAGGCAAUGCCACUCAGGUGCACUUUGAGGGUGGCACCGUGGCACAGAUCGUGUACAGUGGAGACCAGCAGGAGCGCGGGCCGCAGCAGGUGGUGUACACCGCCGAUGGCAGCUCCUACACUUCUGUAGAGUCGGCCGAGCACACGCUGGUGUACAUCCACCCUGCCGAUGGGACACAGACCGUGUUUGCUGAUCAGCCCCAGGUGGCCUACAUACAGCAGGAUGGCACCACACAGCAGGUGACUGUGUUGCUGCCCAGCGGCCAAAACAUGAACGCUGCCAACCUGACUGUGCUCAGUAAUGUGGCAGAGGCACCUCAGACCAUCCUGGAACCUGUUCCACAGGGUACACUGUCUUUGUCCAGCUCCUCCCUGCCCACCAUGACUGGCAUGGGUGAUCCUCCUGCCAGCCCUCUGGGGGCCACAGACUCUACUGUGGACUCAGAGGAUGAGGAGGAAGAUGAUGAAGGGGAUGAAUCAGAAUUGGAUGAAUGGGAACCUAGACCUCCGCAACCAUUUACCCCUCAGAACCUUUGGUGUGAGGAGUGCAAUAAUGCCAACCCUUCUGUGUGUCUCAAGCAUGGCCCCCUUCACCCUAUCCCCAACCGGCCGGUGCUGUCCAAAGCCCGGGCCAGUUUGCCCCUGGUGCUCUACAUCGACCGCUUCCUAGGAGGGGUCUUCUCCAAGCGACGCAUCCCCAAGCGCACCCAGUUCGGGCCCGUAGAGGGGCCUCUGGUGCGGCAGAGUGAAUUGCAGGACAACUACAUCCACCUCAAGGUGUGCAUGCAGGACUCAGCCAAAGAAGGGGAGAAGGCGGAGGACAUGUGGGUGGAUCUCUCUGAUGAGGAACGCUGCAACUGGAUGAUGUUUGUGCGACCCGCCCAGAACCACCUGGAGCAGAACCUGGUGGCCUAUCAGUACGGCGCAGACAUCUUCUACACCACCAUCAAGAACAUUCAGCCUAAGCAGGAGCUCAAAGUGUGGUAUGCUGCUUCAUAUGCAGAGUUUGUCAACCAAAAGAUUCAUGAUGUUACUGAUGAAGAGAGGAAAGUUCUAAGAGAGCAGGAGAAAAACUGGCCGUGCUAUGAGUGCAACCGGCGCUUCAUGAGCUCUGAGCAGCUGCAGCAGCACCUCAACAUGCACGACGACAAGCUGGACUUUGUCAGCAGAGCAAGGGGGCGCAGUCGAGGCCGAGGCAGGAAGAGAUUUGGAACUGGACGGCGACCAGGACGCCCACCCAAAUUUGUGCACCUGGAUACACAGGCAGAGAGUGGCGAGGAUAAGACGCAGGUGAUGUUGGCAUUUGCAGGGAAGGGGACCUUUGAGGAGGGGUCAGAGGGUGCCCUGAACGGGCUGAAAGGAGUGGAUAUGGGAGCGCAGGGGGUCGUGCCUGACACGGACAGCCAGCUAGAUGCUCAGGGGGCUCACGCAGAACUGGCCCCUAGCGGAGAGCCCACCCUCAACGCUGAUCCCCCACCUUCAAGUGCUGACACCUCCAAGCCCAUAAAGGAGGACCCGACCACAGGAAAUCAACCCGAUCCCCAUCUCACCCCCCAGGACAUGCGACGUGCCAAGAGAAUACGGAUGGAUUUGCAGAAUGCAGCCCUCCAGCACCUUUUCAUCAGAAAGACCUUCAGGCCCUUCAAGUGUUCCCAGUGUGGCAAGGCCUUCCGCGACAAGGACAAGCUGGACCAGCACUUGCGCUACCACGGCCGCGACGGCAGCUGCCCGCUCCCCUGCCACAUCUGCAACAAGGGCUUCCUCAGCAGCGCCGCCCUGGAGGACCACCUGCAGCAGCACUCGGAGCAGAGGACCUACUCCUGCCUCUUCUGCACCCACUCCUUCGACCGCCUGGACCUGCUCAAGGAGCACGUGGGGGUCCACCUGGUGGACGGCUGCUACUGUUGCCCCUCCUGCAAGAAGAGCUUCACAGACUUCAUCCAGGUGAAGAAGCACGUGCGCAGCUUCCACUCAGAGAAGAUCUUCCAGUGCACGGAGUGCGACAAGGCCUUCUGCAGGCCCGACAAGCUGCGGCUGCACAUGCUGCGCCACUCGGACCGCAAGGACUUCCUCUGCUCCACCUGCGGCAAGCAGUUCAAGAGGAAGGACAAGCUGCGGGAGCACAUGCAGCGCAUGCACAACCCGGAGCGGGAAGCCAAGAAGGUCGACCGCAUCCACCGCUCUAAGACGCUCAAGCAGAAAGUGCCCACCACCGACUUCGAGAGCUUCAUGUUCAAGUGCCGGCUCUGCAUGAUGGGAUUCCGGCGUCGCGGAAUGCUGGUCAACCACCUGUCCAAGCGCCACCCGGAGAUGCGCAUCGACGAGGUGCCCGAGCUCACGCUGCCCAUCAUCAAGCCCAACAGAGACUACUUCUGCCAGUACUGUGACAAGGUGUAUAAAAGCGCCAGCAAGAGGAAAGCCCACAUCUUGAAGAACCACCCUGGGGCAGAGCUGCCCCCCAGCAUCCGCAAGCUGCGGCCGGCCGGCCCCGGGGAGCCCGACCCCAUGCUGAGCACGCACACCCAGCUGACGGGCACCAUCGCCACCGCGCCAGUCUGCUGCCCUCACUGCGCUAAACAGUACAGCAGCAAGACUAAGAUGGUCCAGCACAUUCGUAAGAAGCACCCGGAGUACGCGCAGCUGGCUAACGCCAUUCAGGCCCCGUUGGCAACGGCUGUCAUUAGCAGCGCGCCUGCCGUCAUCACCAGCGACGGCACCACCGCGGAGGCAGUGGUUACCACAGACCUCUUGACCCAGGCUAUGACAGAGCUGUCCCAGACUCUGACCACGGACUACCGCGCCACUCAGGGGGAUUACCAGCGCAUUCAGUACAUCCCUGUGUCGCAGGCAGGGAGUGGGCUGGCUCAGCCUCAGCACAUCCAGCUGCAGGUCGUCCAGGUAGCUACGACCUCCUCGCCCCACUCCCAGCAUUCCACGGUGGAUGUGAGCCAGCUGCAUGACCCCCACAGCUACAGCCAGCACUCCAUCCAAGUGCAGCACAUCCAGGUCACUGAGCCCACCGCCAAUGCGCAGGGCGCCUCCCAGGUAACAAGUCAACCCCUAAGCCCCUCCUCCCAACAAGCGGCCCAGGAGCUCAGCCCUGCACAGCUCACCCCAGUGACCCUUGCUCAGAGUCACACCUUACAGACACCCUCGUCUCAGCAGCAGGGGGCGGUACAGCAUACCUACUUGCCCGGGAACUGGAACUACAGGAGCUACCCGUCUGAGAUCCAGAUGAUGACUCUCCCCCACGCUCAGUACGUGAUUGCAGAGGCGGGUACCCCAGUGACAGCGGUGAACAGCGGCCAGGUCAAGGCGACUCACUAUGUAAUCUCAGAGGGACAGGCAGAACUGGACCCCAAACAGCCCGGCGUAGCCCAGAACUCCACCCAGGUGCACCCCGACCAGCUCGAGCAGCAGCCAGCCAAUCAGCAAGCCACCACGCAGUUCAUCAUCACCACCACCACCAAUGGCAACGGAGCCAACGAAGUCCACAUCACUAAACCGUGACCCCUGGCCCUUUCUGCACCCUCCAGAACUGGCGUGCAGCAUGCUGCCCUUACCAUCUGACUCUAUCACACAUGCGCACAAACACGGGACAGUCCCUCGCUGCAGCAAAGCUGGAGGAUGGAGGCCACAGCUUCAUGCACAGCUGCUUGGGACUUCAAUUGCAUCAGUGACAUGGCUGAAUAGCAAGCUGCCAAAACAGUUUAAGAAAGUAAAAUAAAAAAGAAGUCUGUUUUUAUUUUAGAGGGUCAACAAAGUGAAUUACAUAACCUCUUAAUACCAAGAACAAUGUGUUGUUGUAUUUUUAAGAAACACUGGAUGGUUUACACAAGGCGUCGAGAUCCUAUUACACAUACCAGUGCCCAUUGAAGGUGUCUGUCUCUCUGAAGUCUCUGCCUUUCUUCCCUUUCCAUGGUAAACACCUCACCUGUUAAGGUUUAUUAUGUUAUAAGGGACAUCUCAUCCAAUUAAAACAGGAACAGAAAACGUUUUGUUUCAAACUUUUUUAAUAUUGUGACAAAUGUCUAGAAUUAGAUCGAGCAUGUUGAACCACUAUAUAUCAAGAUUUCAACUGACAUUAUGUAUAAUAGGCAUUAUGUUUCUCCUUGCUGGGAUGCAAAAGUUUUCACACAAAGCUCUGUGUUUUCAGAUUUUCAUUGUAUAAGGUGCUCUUCAUAACUGGCAAAACCUUGAUGAAUGACAGGGAAAGAGUCCGAUGUUUUCCUCACCUUCUGCGUUUACACACCUGUUGUAGACAAAUUCAGAGACGCUAAAAAUACCAAGCAUUGCUUUAAGAACAGAGGGUUCUCAAAUGUGUAACUGAGUGGUAUUUAUAUCAUCUAAGAUGCAACCUAGAAUGUUUAUGUACUCUGUUAUAGACAAAUCAACUGGCUGUGGUAACAAUGACAUUAAACAAACUGUAUAUUUUUUUACUCCCAUCUUCUCACCUGCAUUUGUGAAAGUAAUCAGAACUUAAACACUGUCUUGUACUAUGUAAGACAGAAAGUUCCAGCACCUCCUUUUGUGACUGAAUGCUGUGCCAGUCAUCUGUAGAAGCUGAACAAUAAGAAAUGAGAUGGGCAAAUGUAGCAUAUGAAAAAUUGCAAAAUUGAAAGAAUUAAUGUUUGCUACAUUCCUAAACCAGCAUAUUUCAGCCUUGUGUCCAGAGUGCUACAUUCUUGCGGGAUUCACCACGCUUUAUAUCAGGAAGCACUGAAUUCUUUGGGGGAAAAAAAAAGACAAAAUGGUAACUGGCCAGCCAGAUCCAGCUAUUAUUUUAUUUUAUGUUAGGAUUUCGAAGGAAGAUAAAACGCACACAUCACCCCGCUACUUUCCUGCACAAGGUCUGAGCACCCGAAAAUUAGUCUUUAAAAAUAGCAACAUUCAAUUUCAUUGCCCUGGGAAGAUAUGAACAUGGUUACUGUGCUUGGGAGUAUUUGCUCUUGCCUCAGGGUGCCCUCAGGGAG